CUCAUCAAAUUCUCUCAAUGUGUAAGCCUAAAUAUAGUCAUGUGUGAUCUUGUUUGAUUUGUCUUAAUAUAUAGAUUAUUAAUAUAUAAUUUCUAUAAUUUUUUAAUAUACAAAUUACAAGAUAAAAUGGAUUAAAGAAGUGCAUUGGAUGGUGUGCCAAAAGGUAAGUGGACAAAGAGAGUGGGACGGAGGGAUUUAUAUAAAUUUGGUGCAUGCAGAUUGCCCGUCGAAAUGCAGUUAUCGUUGCAGCAAGUCGUCAAGGCAGAAGAUGUGUCUGAGGGCAUGCAAUACCUGCUGCCGGAGGUGCCACUGCGUGCCGCCGGGGACCGCCGGAAAUGAGGACGUCUGCCCUUGUUAUGCCCACAUGACUACUCACGGCGGCCGCCACAAAUGCCCUUAAUCAUUAUUAUCUUCUAAGCCUCGCCGGAUUAAUUAACUUAAUUCACACGUACCUUAAAUAGAUUCACAGCCUAGCUUCGUCCAAAUUUCAUAAUUAAUUAAAAUCGAUUUAAGGGGAGUGAAUUGAAUUACUAGAUCUAAAUAAAGGACAAUAAACCUA